GCGUGGGAGGAUUCAGGUUUUUUUAAAAUUACGCAUGCGCUAAAGAUGGUGGCUGCGGGGCGCAUGCGCCAUGCCGUGGAACUGAGUGAGAUGCUUAUGGAAGUCGCCCUGGUGAGCUCGAACGGCCGGUGGUGCAUGCGCACUUAAGUACUCCGCGGCCCCAGGCGGCAGAGGGGAAGAUGGCGGCGGUGGUACAGAAUGUGGUGAAGCUCCUUGGCGAACAAUAUUAUAAGGACGCGAUGGAGCAGUGCCACAACUACAAUGCCCGACUGUGUGCUGAGAGAAGUGUCCGAUUGCCAUUUCUGGACUCGCAGACUGGAGUGGCGCAGAGUAACUGCUACAUCUGGAUGGAGAAACGGCACAGGGGACCAGGUUUGGCAUCUGGCCAGCUCUAUUCCUACCCGGCUCGGCGCUGGCGGAAAAAACGUCGCGCUCACCCUCCUGAGGAUCCAAGGCUUUCCUUCCCUUCCAUUAAACCAGACACUGAGCAGACCCUAAAGAAAGAGGGUUUGAUCUCUCAGGAUGGCAGCAGCCUGGAGGCCCUUUUGAGGACGGACUCUCUUGAGAAGCGCAGUCUGCCCGAUCCUCGUACUGACGAAGACAGCCUCGGCGAGUUUCCUGUUGCCAAUAGUCGCGCGCGGAAGCGGAUCCUGGAACCUGACGAUUUCUUGGAUGAUCUAGAUGAUGAGGACUAUGAAGAAGACACGCCAAAACGCCGAGGCAAAGGCAAGGCCAAGGGCAAAGGAGUUGGGAGCGCCCGGAAAAAGCUGGAUGCAGCCAUUUUGGAAGACCGAGACAAACCGUAUGCCUGUGACAAUAGUUACAAACAAAAGCAUACCUCGAAACCUCCUGACCGAGUCUGUGGGAAGCGUUACAAGAACCGUCCUGGGCUGAGUUACCAUUAUGCGCACUCCCACCUGGCUGAGGAAGAGGGGGAAGACAAGGAAGACUCGCAGCCCCCCACGCCUGUAUCACAGAGAUCUGAGGAGCAGAAAUCCAAGAAAGGUCCGGAUGGCUUGGCCUUGCCCAACAAUUACUGCGACUUCUGCCUUGGAGACUCCAAGAUCAAUAAGAAAACAGGGCAACCUGAAGAGCUGGUUUCAUGUUCUGACUGUGGACGAUCAGGGCACCCUUCAUGCCUGCAGUUCACACCAGUUAUGAUGGCGGCAGUGAAGACCUACCGCUGGCAGUGUAUUGAGUGCAAGUGCUGUAACAUCUGUGGCACCUCUGAGAACGAUGACCAGCUGCUCUUCUGUGACGAUUGUGACCGUGGCUACCAUAUGUACUGCCUCACUCCACCCAUGUCAGAACCACCGGAAGGAAGCUGGAGCUGUCACCUGUGUCUGGAUUUGCUGAAGGAGAAAGCCUCCAUCUACCAGAACCAGAACUCCUCCUGAUGGGUGCUGGGGCAGCAGAGAAGAAAGGGAGCUUGAAAGAGGAACCGCCAGUUGUCCA